AUGAAUUAACAAAGUUUUGUAUAAGUUACUUAGGAAUAUGAUUAAGUACAAAAAAGAGUCAAUUCAUUGAAAUUUUAAUUAAGAGAUAUUGAUUAAAAGAAUUUUCUAUUGUAGACAAAAUUAAAGGAUUUAAGAUAGAUUUCUCCUAGAUUAUAAAAAUCACCAUUUACUUAAUUAUAAGAAUAAUUGAGAUUAGAUAGAAAAUAGAUAAUAGAAUAAUUUAAACCUAUUGUAGAAUAGGAAGGAAUAUAUCUAAGAAAUGAAAGAAUAAAAACAGAAAACUAAUUACAAUUAUCUAAAAUAAGUGAAAUUUAAUAGAAAAAAAAUAAGGUAAAAUUGAUGGAAGAAUUUGAUUAAGAAGUAACUAAAAGAAGAGCAUAUUAUUAAGAAAAAAAAAUAAAAGAAGUUAGGUAAAGAUAACUAUAAGAAAUGGAAAUUUAUAGAAUAAUUCUAAAUAAAAAGCUUGUAGAAAUAAGUCAAUUAAAAAAGUAAGAAAAAGGAUUAAUAGACGAAAUAUAAAGGUAAAUUUUUUCAUUUUUACUUAGCGCAAAAAGUAGAGAACAAUAAUUAUGCAAUAAAUUUUGUAAUGCUUUAGUUAAUGAUAAUAGUCUAAUUUUACCUUCAAUUUAGAAAUUAAAUAGUAAAAUGAGUUAAAAUUCUAAUUCUAAAUAAUAAAAAACGGGUUGUUUACCAUUCUAAAAAUCAGGCAAGGUGUUUGAAAGACUUUAAAGAAGUGAAACCAGAAAUGAUAAUUAAAUAAUAUAAUAAGAAGAAACUAGAAGAUUAUAAUUAGAUUCAAGAAAAAAAUCGUAAUCUAUAGAUUAAUUAAACAUUGCGUGUUAAACUACUUUUCUUAUUCAAGAUCAAAAUUAGGAAAGUAUUUAAAAUUCUUAAAAUUAUGAAUCAUAUUUGAAUAGUUAAAAGGAAAAGACUUUAGAAAAAUCUUAACAAAAUUUGACAUCAGAAGAAAUAAAAGAUUAAUAAGAAUAAAAUAAAUAAAGUAAUAAAAAAAAUUGA